AGCAGUGGUGGGUGGAUCCGAUCUAGAAUUUUCUGCCUCUCCUCUUUAAAUGGCAAGAGCAGAAGCGCGUGUGUUCACUUGGAGACAGUAGGGACGUGUUUCGGAUACGAUUAUAGCUGGUGCGGGCUUCAAAUCAUAACAAAAAUCAAACAGCGGUCUGUGAUCCGAUAUUAAAGGGGUAGCCAUGGUGAAGGAGACCGGUUACUAUGAUAUCCUGGGGGUCAAACCCAGUGCUGGUUCUGAAGAGAUCAAGAAGGCCUAUCGGAAACUGGCCCUGAAAUAUCACCCAGACAAAAACCCAAAUGAAGGCGAGAAGUUCAAGCUUAUAUCACAAGCCUAUGAGGUUUUGUCAGAUCCUAAGAAGCGAGAUCUCUAUGACCAAGGUGGUGAACAAGCCAUUAAGGAAGGAGGAGUAGGGGGUGGUGGUUUCUCCUCGCCCAUGGACAUCUUCGACAUGUUCUUUGGUGGUGGUGGCAGAAUGCAAAGGGAGAAAAGAGGCAAGGAUGUUGUUCACCAAUUGGCUGUUUCACUUGAAGAUCUUUACAAUGGAGCCACAAGGAAGCUGGCAUUGAAGAAAAAUGUAAUUUGUGAUAAAUGUGAUGGCUGUGGAGGCAAGAAAGGUGCUGUGGAAAAGUGUCCAAACUGCAAAGGCAGAGGGAUUGAAAUCCAUGUACAACAAAUUGGACCUGGAAUGGUGCAGCAGAUUCAGACAAUGUGCUCAGAAUGCCAUGGACAAGGAGAACAGAUUAAUCCAAAAGACCGAUGCAAGAAUUGUAAUGGACGGAAAAUAGUAAAAGAGAGAAAAAUACUUGAAGUCUAUGUAGACAAAGGUAUGCAAGAUGGACAGAAGAUAACAUUUCAUGGAGAGGGGGAUCAGGAGCCUGGAUUAGAACCUGGUGAUGUCAUCAUUGUGCUUGAUCAAAAGGACCAUGAUGUAUUCCGAAGGCACGGAAAUGACUUGGUAAUGAAAAUGGAAAUCCUGCUGGUGGAAGCUUUAUGUGGCUUUAAAAGGACAAUAGAAACACUUGACAAAAGGACAUUGCUGAUUUCUUCAAAGCCAGGUGAAGUUAUAAAAGUUGGAAGCCUUAAAUGUGUUCGUAAUGAAGGGAUGCCUAUUUACAGAGAUCCAUUUGAGAAAGGACUGCUGAUCAUUCAGUUCUCUGUGAAGUUUCCACCAUAUGGCUGGAUUCCACCACAAGACUUGGCAAUAUUGGAGGAUUUGCUUCCACCACGUCAAGAGUUAAUGGUCACUGACGACAUGGAACCUGUGGAGUUAACAGAAUGUGUCUCAGAAGAGCAACACAGAGGUUAUAGUGGGGAAGCGUAUGAGGAAGAUCAAAGGCCUAGAGGUGGUGUGCAGUGUCAAACAUCCUAAACGAUGGGUGACGUGUUUUUUUUUAAACUCUGUAAUGCAUCAAAGCUAUUUUAAUAUUAAAAAGCAUUGUAAUGGUUGUUCACAAAAAGACUGCAUUAUUUCUUAUCAUACAUCUUCUGAACAUAUGAGCCUUUUUUUUCCCCCUCCUUGAUUUGGUGGACAAUGCAGACUUCACUUUUGUUACUUAGUUAUUUAUGUACUGAUGUGUACUGGCUUCCUUUGUCAUUUGUCUGGUGUUUAAUGUGAUAAAAUAUCUCUAAAUUGUCUACAUGUACUUCUAUAUCUGGUAGUGUUUAGAGAGCAACAUUGUUUUU